AUGGAGAAUCUGAUUGCAGUUGCCACAGUAGAAAAUAUGCUGAAAAGAUUAAUUUCAAGCACUAAUAUUGAUGCUACUGAGCUUGAGUACUUGGGCUUGGAUGAAGAACUAAAGAAACUACGCGUUUCAGUCAGUAGGAUUCUGUCAUUUUUAGCUGAUGCUGAUCAGAUGGAAUGGCUUCUUUGUCAACCAUGGCUUAUGGAGCUUCAGGACUUGGUAGUUGAUGCCGAUCACGCAGUUGAAGACUUAAAAUACGAGGUCCUGCGAAGGAAGGUUGAGAUUCCAGAUCAGAAAAAGUCGAAAACGAAGAGUAUUAUGGUACUCUCACUCUCCUCCUACUUCUUACCUUCGAGUCCCACAGUUUCUCGUCGAAAAUGUAAGAAAAAACUCAGAAACAUAAAUAAGAAGUUUGAAGGUAUUAUCAAAUUUGCCACAGUUGGCGAUGAAGUUCGCCGCAUUCUAGACAGGACUGUGACUGAUUCACCAGAGGUGGGUAGAAUAGUCGGAAGAGGAGAAGAUGUGGCAAAAAUAGCGGGAAUCUUGACAAUGCAAAGGACAACGCUAUGUUCUUCUGCGCUUACCAUUGAGGGACCGGCUGGACUUGGAAAGACAACUCUGGCUUUUCAUGUCUAUAACCAUUCAGAAAUCAGCACGCCCUUUGACAUGAAAUGGUGGGUUUCUGCAGCUGGUGAAUUUGAAACCAGGGGAAUUUAUAAACUUAUCCUUGAAGAACUGACUAAAAAUUCUGUUUCUGUACACGGGGUGCAUGAACUGGUGGAAAAACUUCAAAGGAUAACAGAGGGAAAAAGAUAUUUGCUCGUUCUAGACAACCUUUAUCUAGAUGACAAUUUCUACGACUCUUUUGUGCACUAUAUUUCUCAAAUUGAAUCAAGAGAAGGAAAUUGGUGGCUUAUAACUACACGGGACGCAACAGGCUUGAGAAAUUAUCCAAUGAGUCGAUGUUUGCCUAAUUUCAAUUUUCCAAGAUGGCAUUUCCCGAUUAUCCAGUUGAGUCCUUUGGACGAGGAGAAUUGUUUGGCCAUAUUCAACGAGCAUGCCUUUGGAGGCCCAGGACAAGCUCUGCAACAGCAAGAGAUUCAGCCUGAAAUUAGAAGGUAUCUUCUGGACAUUUGCGAAGGUAUACCACUGCUAGCAAAACUACUUGGGAGCUUGUUGUGUAUGAAGGCAGAUCAAAAACAGUGGUUUUCGAUGUUGAAGCGACUGACUGAUUCUUGUGGAGAUAUGGCACUAAAUUCAAGGUUAGUUUUCUAUCAAAUGCCAUCUUCUUCUCUCAAGAAAUGUUUUGCUUACUGUUCAAAUUUUCCCAAAGAUCAUCAAAUAGACAAGGAACAACUUGUCCAACUAUGGAUAGCUGAAGGUUUAAUUGAACCAGAGGAUGAAAGCGCACUGGACUUGGAGGAUAAAGGCUACGAGCUUUUCUACAUUUUAUUACAUAAUUGCCUCUUGGAAGCUGCUAAGAAGGACAAAUAUGGAAAUGUAACACAUUGUAGGGUGCCUGAUGCUCUUUACAGACUUGCAGUGUCACACUCAAGAUAUGAUAGCAUUGAUUUGGAGAAUCCUACAAGAAAAGAUACUCUGGUGAGAUAUCUUAAGGCACAGUCUAUCGAGCAAGAUAAUAUUCCUGGGGAAUGCAACCUUAUAGUGCACUCAAUGGACGGAAAAAUUCAGAGAGUUGAAGCAUCUAGGAUGCUAUAUAUAUUGAGGAAUUGCCAUUCUCAAUUAGAACCUGGUACAUUUGAGGUACUCCCUUUGGAUAUUUCAAAUUUGAUUAGCUUGAGACAUCUUCACUUUUACUAUGAUGAAGAGUUUCAUAUGCCACCAAAGAUGGGACUGUUGACUUCGCUUAGGACAUUAUUGUUUUACAAUUUGGGUCUAGAAGAUGGUCAGGGAAUCAAGGAGUUGGGAUAUCUGAAGAAUCUUAGAGGCAAAAUUGUGAUACGCAAGCUUGAAUUUGUAAGUAGUAAAGAAGAAGCAGAGUUUGCAGACUUGUUUGGAAAAAUACUUGUUUAUGAGUUGGGAUACCACUGGAGCGACAACAGAAAUGGCAUUGGAAAUGAUCGAAUUUUCCUGGAGGGCCUCCAACCCCACCCUGAGUUAAAAAGCUUGACCAUAAGAAACUAUAUGGGUUAUGAACUUCCUUGGUGGGUUGUGAACAUGCAAGUGAAGCGAAGUUUCCAGCUGGACAACUUGACGGAGCUCAGACUGAUAAACUGCAAAAGACUUGAAGCGCUUCCCAUGCUCGGGCAAAUGCCAUUUCUUCAGUAUCUUGAGCUUAGUGGACUAGCCAAUGUAACCCGCAUUGGUCAGUCUUUCUAUGGUGCCAAUUAUUUGGCUCUACUGAACAGAAGAAAUGGCCUACCGCAAACCACAAUAACAGUAUUUCCAGCACUUAAAAGACUGAAACUGGACUGCAUGCCCAACCUCAUUCAGUGGAUGGAAGCACAAGUGAGGCCACCUAUUGAAGUAUUUCCUUGCCUAGAGAAAUUGACCAUUCAGUAUUGUCCUCGACUGUCAACUAUGCCAUGCCAUUUCCCAGCUGUUAAGGAAUUGAAGAUUCCUUUUCUUGUCCACAACAGCACGCCGUUAGCAAACAUAUGUUCCAGUGUGACCACUCUGACUGAACUCUGCUUAUAUGGCAUAUUGGAGGUUGGCAACAUUUUUUUCACUCAAAACAGACUUGUCACUAGGAGUGGUAGUCUGGUACAUGCUGAAUUCUUCAAGGUUCAUAAUUUUGGACUUCGAGACUGCAGAAGGACUACUGAUUCUUUGUCAUAUGUUCCGCUUAUGCAUUUGCAGCUCUACUCUAAGCAAUUUCUUCAAACUGUCCAUUGCCAGUUUGAUUCUUUCUGUUUGAUGUGCUGA